AUGUCUUCUUGUAGCAGAACGAUCCCUGGACUGGAUGCUUCUGGGGAAGAGAAUUUUGAUGGAUUCGGCGAUACCGGAGAUAUCGAUGCAACGGAAUCACUACUGGACAUUGGGAUGGAAACAGAGGAAGAAGAGUUGGGGGAAGAAUCACCCAAUGAAGAGGACGGUGAACAGAACGGCAGUGCUGAGCAUGUUGUGUUUGGUCGUGCACAGAUAUUGGAGAUGGAGUUCGCAAACCCGGAUGAGGCAUGUCGUUUUUAUGAGCAAUAUAGUCGAGCAAAGGGUUUUGCGAUGCGUCAAGGAAAGAAACUAAAGAAUAGGAAGGGUGAAAUCGUGCGAUACACGUAUUUGUGCAACAGAGAAGGAUUCAGAGAUAGAAAAUGGCUUGAGAUGCAGGAUCGAAAGAGGGAGCACAAGGUUGUUACUCGAUGUGGAUGUCAGGCAGAGAUGAGGAUAAAGCAAAAAGCCGAGAGCAACAAUUGGUAUGUGUCUCGUUUUGUUGAUGAGCAUAACCACGACCUUCUCCCGGCAAAGUUUGUGUCAUACCUGCCAGCAUAUAGGAAAAUAUCCGAUGUUGAUAGAGCCCACAUGGAGAGUUUGAGGCAGGUUGGAAUUUCAAUUCCCAAAAUUUACGAGUCUAUUGCCGCCCAGGCUGGGGGUUUUAACCUAGUUCCGUUCACAAAGAGAGAUAUGUAUAAUGUCGUUAGGCGGCAACGAGCAAUGCAAAGCGGCGAUGUGAAUGCCGCGUUACGGUAUUUCAAUGUUUGUGCAAGGAGAGAUGAUAAUAUGUAUUGGCGGUAUGAGGUUGGGGCUGAGCAAAAUAUGUGUGAUCUUUUUUGGAGCGACGGGCGUAGUCAGGAUGAUUAUAAGUUAUUUGGUGAUGUUUUGGCAUUUGAUGCGACUUACGGGCGAAACAAGUACAAUUUGCCAGUGAUAGUGUUCUCCGGGGUGAACCACCAUAACCAGACAUGUGUCUUUGGCGCAGCCAUGGUGUCUUCCGAAACACAAGCAUCGUAUGUGUGGGUGUUGAGCAAGUUUUUAGAGUGCAUGGGGGGGAAAGCACCGAAGGCAGUCAUCACUGAUGGGGACAAGUCAAUGCGGUUUGCCAUUCAGGAAGUAUUUUCAGAAGCUCAUCACAGGCUCUGUGCGUGGCACCUACUAAAAAAUGCAACUGUGAAUGUGUGCAAGCCUCGAUUCACAACUCUGCUUAGAAAUUGCAUGCUUGCCGACGUGGAGGUGGAGGAGUUUGAAAGGCAAUGGGAGGCAAUGAUGGAUGAGUGUCUUGUUAGGGAAGUAGAGUGGGUAAAGGAUUUAUACACGAAGAAGAUGGCAUGGGCUACCGCUUACAUACGCGGUUGCUUUUAUGCUGGCUUGAGGACGACAUCACGAUGUGAGUCACUGCAUGCAAAGAUGGGGAGGUUUGUGGAGAGGCGAUAUGGAAUAUUGGAUUUCGUGACGAACUUCCAACGGUGUGUUGAAUUCUUGAGAGAUAAUGAGGAAGAGCUUGACUUUAGGUCGUUGUACGGGAGGCCGGUUCUUCAAACUCAGUUUCCGGAGCUAGAGAAGUCUGGUGCAGUGAACUACACGAGGGAAAUAUUCUUGCGUUUUAGAGAGGCCCUAAAAAGUAGUGUUCGGGUUACUAUCGUGGAGUGCAAGAAAUUGGAGGAUCGGACAGUUUAUGUGACACAAAAGUAUCGCAGGCCGCAAUUCAGGUGGACUGUUGCCCACCACUUUGGGACGGAUUCCUUUUUUUUGUAG